ACACUGUAGGAGUUACUCUGAUUUAUUUGUGAAAAUAGCCGGAGUAAUACUGUUGAGGAUACCAAAGAGAAAUAUUCACAAACCGUGAUGAAAAGGUGGUGAUUAAAGGAGAAUAUUAAGGUGUUUUUCUGCUAACGUGUGUGUGUUGUGAUCUUGUAGUGAUGUCAGUGAGAAUGGCUGCUCCUCUUACUCUGGUGCUUCUGCUCUUGAUACACAGAGUUGAUGGCGCUUUUGGUUUUAGUGUGAGUUACGGCUCUCCACACAUCUGUGCACUAAGGGACUCAACAGUGACAAUGAGUUGCACUUACAGAUAUCCUGCCUUACAUUUUGUCUCAAGAGCUUUUUGGACUAAAACACAUAUUCACGGGAUGUUUAGGGAGUAUCCAGAUCUGUCUGAGGACCCUGAAUACAGUCAGAGGGUUCAGUAUCUUGGAGAUAAACAGAAUAAUUGCAAUCUCAGACUGAGUCAUGUGACAAAGGAAGAUGAACAUGAGUAUUAUUUCACAUUCACCACAAAUAUAGCUGAAUGGAUUGGCAUUCCAGGAGUGAAUCUCUCUGUCACAGAUCUUCAGGUGGAGUCUCCUGUGAGUGUGACAGAGGGAGAUUCAGUCCGUCUGACAUGUAAAAGCAGCUGUAAACUGACUGAAACACCAAGAUUCUUCUGGUACAGAAACUCACAGACAUUGACUGAAGGGAGUUUUCAAAAUGAUCUUGUCUACAGUUCAAUCAGUAGAGGACAUGCAGGACACUAUAGCUGUGGUGUGCAGGGACACAAUUACAUCUCUCCUGCUGUUUAUCUUGAUGUCAGAUAUGCUCCAGGGAUCCCUGUAAUCUAUAUUAGUGGAUCUGCUGUAAUAGUGGAGGGAGAUUCAGUGAGUCUGAUCUGCAGCAGUGACUCAAACCCUUCUGCUGAAAUCAACUGGUAUAAAGAUCCACCCAAGAGUGUCUCAGUGUCCAUCAGUGGAUCUGCUGUAAUAAUGUCUGGAGAUUCAGUGACUCUGAACUGCAGCAGUGACUCAAAUCCUCCUGCUGAAAUCAGCUGGUUUAAAGGAAAAGAACUUGUAAAAUCCGGAAGAAUCUUCAACAUCUCCAAGAUCAGCUCUGAUGACAGUGGAGAAUACAAGUGUAGAGCCAGAAAUGACCAUGGAGUGAAAUACUCUGAUCCUGUGACUUUAGAUGUCAAGCUUCAUCAAAGUACUAAUACAAGUGUGAUCACAGCAACAUUUGGAGGAUUAUUCAUCAUCAUCAUUAUCAUUAUCAUCAUCAUCAUACUAUUUAUAAUCCGAAGGAAAAGAACGAACAGAAGAUCAUCUCCAAACAAUUAUGAGGUGACAUGA